AUGGUGCUUCAGUUGGCAGUCUCGCGCGCUUGGCAUGUGCAUCAGUUGGAUGUCUCCAACACCUUCUUGCAUGGCCAUCUUGCCGAGCAGGUGUUCUGUCAGCAGUCCACUGGCUUCGUUAACGCCGAGCAUCCGGACUACGUGUGCUUGCUCUCCCGCUCUCCUUACGGGUUGAAGCAGGCGCCACGGGCAUGGUACCAGCGUAUCACAGCCUUCCUACAGUCUCUUGGAUUUCGGUCCACUCGCUCCGAUGCUUCCGUCUUUGUGUGUCAUCAGGGAGCUGACACUGCAUAUCUGUUGCUCUACGUCGACGACAUCAUCCUCAAGGCGUCCGUCCUCGAGCUCCUUCAGCGGCUCACAGCUCGUCUUCGUGAUGAGUUUGCCCUCAAGGACUUGGGGCCUAUGCAUUACUUCCUCGGCUUCGAGGUGGUCCGCCGUGCCGACGGUUUCUUUCCGCAACAGCGAAAGUACGCCCACGAGCUUCUUGAGUGUGCUGGUAUGCUUAACUGCAAGCCGGUUGCCACUCCCGUCGACACGAAGGCCAAGGUUUCUGCCUUGGAACGAUCUCCCAUGUCUGAUGCAACGUUUUAUCGCUCCAUUGUUGGUGCCUUGCAGUAUCUGACGCCGACACGCCCGGACCUGCAAUAUGUUGUUCAGCAGGUGUGCGUCCACAUGCACUCCCCGCGUGACUCUCAUUGGGCCUUGAUGAAGCGUAUCCUCCGUUAUAUACGCGGCACUAUGUCCUUGGGACUCUCACUGACGGCCUCCACCUCCACCAACCUUGUCGCCUAUUCUGAUGCAGACUGGGCAGGCUGCCCCGACACCCGUCACACUUCAGGCUAUUUUGUCUACCUUGGGCCCUCGCUGAUUUCUUGGUCGUCCAAGCGACAGCCCACGGUCUCCCGCUCGAGCGCCGAGGCAGAGUAUCGGGCAGUGGCCAAUGUCGUUGCUGAAUGCUCCUGGCUUUGUCAGCUGCUCCAGGAGUUGCUUUGUGAUGUUCACAAGGCCACGCUUGUGUACUGCGACAACGUCAGCGCUGUCUACCUCUCCGCCAACCCGGUGCAUCAUCCGAAGCAUAUUGAGCUCGAUAUUCACUUCGUUCGUGACCAGGUCACACUUGGACGUGUUCGGGUUCUCCACGUUCCGAUGACGCAAUAA